AGAUGAUUGAUUCAUCAACAACAAAGUUGGAUCCGUUGCCCAGCACAACUAUCCUGGCGGCGAUUGCACUGUCAGUCGUUGUGGUCAGUUGCGGCGUGGCCCUCGACAGGGCAAACUCCGGGCCUUUCGAGACCAAGAUCGUCGCUUACCUCGAGAAGGCUAUCAGCAAGGAUUCGUCUCCGGAAAAUUUGAAGGUGAUAGGGAACAUUUCGAGGUUUCUUCGAGAAAUCGGCGCUACGGUCACCGAGAUCGGUAUGGAAAAAAUCGUCACCGCCUGCGCCGAUCGGCAACCAGGGCUAUUCAUCCAGUGCGCCAAAGAUUACGCCGGGAGCCACGACGUCUUCUCGAGGUGACCCCAUGUAUGUGCUGUACCUAUAAGUAUAGCUUCAAAUGGUCAAUCACACCCUUUGACGCCAGUCUCAUCAAACACCAACGAGCGUACAUUCUCUCUGAAAAAACCACUAAAGGUUUAUAGAUCGUUUGUCAAAAAAAAAAAAAAAAAAGCACGUGCAACUAGUGUGUUUUAGCAGUGCAUGUAACGUGUCACGUACGAAACGGCGGUAAACAAGCCCGCGGGAACUACUGCCGCUUUUUUUUUGUACCACUCUAGCGCGUGCGUUUUAUUGUUGAGCGGGAGGGAGGGAAAGUGUACCUUCGCCCAUACGUUGGGGGAAAAAUAGCUCGCGGCUGUUUGUUGCUUUU